UCAUUGAAAGGAAUGAAGCUCAUGAAUAAAGCCACAUUCACACACACAAUCUACUUCCUGCUUCUGACCGUCACACAAGAGGCGGGGCUUGACCUUAUAUGGAGUGUUUGCACAAUACCUCACUUCCUUGCCAGCUGCCAUUGCUGCACACACACACUCACUCACACACACACACACACACACACACACACACACUCACACACAGGCUGAAGUGCGACUGCUCAGAAGAAGAGGGAAGCAGCUGGAGAUCUCAGUGCGUCUCACUCAUGGCUCAGUCAGCAGGCAGUAUAGAGACGGAUCUCACCAGCAAGAGGCUCCACUCGAGGAUGGAGGCGUCGUGUCUGGAGUUGGCUCUUGAGGGCGAGAGGUUGUGUAAAGCCGGUGAUUUUAAGGGUGGUACAGCGUUCUUUGAAGCAGCGGUCCAGGUGGGAACAGAAGAUUUAAAGACACUCAGCGCCAUUUACAGUCAGCUGGGAAACGCUUACUUCUACCUGAAGGAGUACGCUAAAGCCCUGGAGUAUCACAGACACGACCUGACGCUCGCUCGGACCAUAGGUGAUCGCAUCGGGGAAGGGAAAGCCAGCGGGAAUCUGGGAAACACGCUGAAGGUUCUGGCCAGAUAUGAUGAAGCGGCUGUUUGCUGUCAGAGACAUCUGGACAUUUCUCAAGAACAGGGAGACAAGGUUGGUGAGGCUCGGGCGCUGUAUAACAUGGGAAACGUGUUUCACGCGAAGGGAAAACAGCAACUGUGGGGGAGUUCACAAGACCCCGGAGAUCUUCAUCCUGAUGUGAGAGAUAAUUUACAGCGAGCCACGGCCUUCUACGAGAUGAAUCUGGCUCUGGUGAAGGAGUUGGGAGACCGAGCGGCUCAAGGCCGGGCCUUUGGUAACCUUGGCAACACCCAUUACCUGCUGGGUAAUUUUGUUGAGGCCAUCAAGUUCCACAGAGAGCGUCUCUCCAUUGCCAAAGAAUUUGGUGACAAGGCGGCCGAGCGGCGAGCGUACAGUAACCUAGGCAACGCUCUUAUAUUCCUCGGCCAGUUCAACGCAGCAACAGAGUAUUACAGGAAAACUCUGCAGCUCUCUCGGCAGCUGAAGGAUCAGGUGAUGGAAGCUCAAGCGUGUUACAGUCUGGGAAACACAUACACGCUACUGCAAGAGUAUGACAGAGCCAUCGAACAUCACCUGAAACACCUGAUCAUCGCUCAAGAGCUCGGAGACAGGGUUGGAGAGGGUCGUGCGUGUUGGAGUUUGGGUAAUGCUUAUGUGUUAUUAGGAAAUCACCGUCAGGCUUUACAUUACGCUAGAAAACAUCUGGCCAUCUCCAGAGAGAUCGGUGACAGAAACGGAGAGCUGACGGCCGGGAUGAACGUAGAGGAGCUGAUGGAGGUGGUUGGUGUGAAGGACGCUGAUCUCUCUCCCUCUGAGGCUGAGUUUAAAGUUCAGGGCGCCAGACCCAAAUUCAGUAAGAGGAGCAGUGUGGACAGUGUUGAGCUGUGGAAGUACGGCUCUGAGAAGAAUGGAGAUGCUGCAGGUGUUAAUGGUGGAUUGAGAAGAUCACAGCAUCAGCUGUCUCACUGCAGCACGGGAGAACACACAGACAGUCCAUCAUCAAAUGACAGACAGUGGCUCGACUCACCUGUGGACACUGAUGACAUCACCGUUCAUGUCACACCUCCAAAACUGAGUCGGGAUCAUUCGGACGAGGACUGUUUCUUUGACCUGUUGAGCAAGUUUCAGAGCAGCCGAAUGGACGACCAGCGCUGUCACCUGGACGAGCCGACCAACGGCGAGAACACUGGAGGAGCGGACGCAGACUCCCUCAACGACGUCAUCGACACCAGUCUUCUGACGUCUCCUCAGACGGAGGAGCUCUUUGACUUGAUCGUCAGCACGCAGAGUCGGCGUCUGGACGAUCAGAGGGUGAGCGUCAGCAAUCUGCCUGGACUCAGAAUCACUCACAAUAAUCUGGGUCACCUGCGUGGAGAGUGUGACCCUCAGGAGCCCGGCGAUGACUUCUUCAACAUGCUGGUCAAGUGUCAGUCCUCCAGGAUAGACGACCAGCGCUGCUCUCCUCCUGAAGGAGGUCCGCGAGCCCCCACCGUCCCCGACGAAGACUUCUUCAACCUCAUCCAGAGAGUUCAGGCCAAGAGGAUGGACGAGCAGCGUGUGCACCUGCCGUCUGACGAACAGAAUCCGAGCGAAGAUGAGAGAGAACCGGACGCCUCUGACUCCGGCUAAAUCCACGGGGUUGAAAUAUAAAUGACACGAAGGGAACAGAAGUCGCACUUUCAGAUGCCAACAUGUGUGACUAGACGUGAAGAACACAACACAAGUGCCAUCUCACCUGCCGUGCAUUAAAGCCGAGGAUCACUCACUUGUGUUUGACCUCAUGUCUAAGAUUUCAGUGAAAGUGUGCACGCCUCAUCACACGCGUGUCAGACCUCAUUGGAUGUUUAACAUCAGACACUUAACACGUGUGCUGGAUUCAGAGCGGACUGCUCGUGUGCCGGGUUAUUCAGACACACGUCUCAGUCUCUUUAUCUGCCUUGAUAUUGUGGAGCACUUGAAGGAGUUUUGUUAUUCGUCUCAGAUCUUCACAAGUGCAUCUGACUGCUUUAAUAUCAUCGUCAUGAAGACAUUAGGGCUGCUUCUCAUCAUUUCUCUCUUUCUCUUGUAGUAUUUAUGAAAGUGUUGAGAGAAUCUGUGAACAGACUGUUAAAGUGUUGAGGAGACUCGUGUUUGUGGAGUUUUGUGGUGUUUGAUGGAUGAUGUUACAGUGUUUGUCAUUCGUGCCCAAAAACAGAUCUACACACAGCACAUACACAACUCUAUGAUGUUUUUUACUUUAUUACAGUUUUUUAAUGGAUGAUGAACUUACUGCCACCUGGAGGUAGAAAUAAGCAAAGCCAUAAAAUCAUUUUGCAGUCUGUUGUGGGUUCUGUGCAACAAUUCAAUUUCAGACGACACAAAUGUGAGGUAUAAACUAGAUCAUUUUCUUGAAAAGAUGUUUUAUAAGAGUAAAUGACACGAUGGUUGUGUAGAACUGUAUUGAGGACAGAAAAUAAAGAGAUUUUAUUUCCUCAUGCUUUGUGUUGGACUGAAGUCAAAGUCUUUUGGAAUGUUUUUGUUUUAAUGUGGAUGAUAUAUAAUGUGAAUAUGUGAGAAAAGUUGUGAUAAGCUUCACCGCCACACAGCACGUAAGUGUUCUGUAUUUAGUGUCUUUCAGAAACAUGAAUAAAAUGUUGAAUGAAA